AUGUUUCCGACGUCUGACAUACCAUCCAGUGUGUACCAGCUACGCAAGCGUCGAAAAGCAGAGUCGACAGCUACGGAACACUCGGUAGUACCGCCGUCACCGAAGCGGCCUAAGUUGACCAUCGGCAGUUCGACCGCACCUCAAACUCAGACGUCCGACAAUGCCAAUGCACUCGACGAGGAUCGCAACAAGAAGCCGCCUGCGCAAUCGCCUGCCGUGGCCAUCGUCAAAAUUCGAUCGCCGCCAAGCUCACCUGCGGGAUCGGCUUGCAGCUCAGACGAAGAUUACGACACAGACGAUGACAAGAUAUUGUCGAAGCGGGCCUCUGCUGCUGGGAAACGCCGUGGCCCGAAGCUCUCAGUGACACAGAGGAGGCAGAGGCUCGAGAGCGACGAAUGGGCUCUCAAGGUCGAGCCAAACCGGGUGCUGUGCCGGGCGUGCAGGAAAUGGUACAAGCUCCAUGCGAAGCGCGCGUAUGUCGAGGCCAACUGGACUCAGCACAAGCGGGUCUGUCUGCAAAUUACUGGGAAGCAAACAAGGGGAGGUCCAGCACCCCCGACCGUCAAGAUUGAGGUUCCCCCUGAUGGUAAUGCGGAAACUCUGGAGGCUAAGUGGUCAGCAGCAGAACAACGAAAACUCGAUGACGCACUGCGAUCCCAUGCCCGGUGGAUUGUCGACUUCAAUGCCAGGACCAUUCGUUCAGCGCGAUGCGAACUACGCACGUCGAAGGCGUCAGGCAUCUGCGAUGCAUGCGAACGGGUGCCGACAGAUCCGGGCUUCCGUAAGGCCAUGCAUCGGAAAGACAAGGAGCAACACUUACCUGAGAAUGAGAGGCGUGCUAAAGAUGCUGCGCGCGAGAAGUAUACCCCAUCCACGCUCAAGAGGCCAGAAGUCCGCGAUGUUCAUCGACAGAUGCAAGACCCCUUGCUCUUCUCACUCUGGACGGCUAUGCGGGAAAAUGAUCCCUUCCGCUGCUACCUGCAGCUGUACCAGUAUGCGAGGGAAGGGAAGUUGAUCAAACAUGAGCUUUUCGAGGAAAUAUGUAAGGUUCUGGUCGACAAGGCACGCCGAGAGUCGUCGGAUAACAAGAAGCUCAAGCAUGGCAUUCGGUACUCGGUUCCAUACCUACAGUUCUCAUUCUUGAUGCGUGGACGUGGCCAGUUCUCGGCUCAAAAUUACUCAAUCCUCGGAGAGCACAUCCCUCUACCGAAUCCUCGGACAAUCAGGUAUCUUGUCGCGAAAUCGGACGACUGUCUCCAGAAUCCUGAUCUGCACUUCGACAACAUCGUUCGCGUCAAGCGCUUCUUGGACUCGAUUAAGUACUCCGGCCCCGUCGCUGUGUCUGGCGAUUGUACCAAGGUGCGUCCACGAGUCAUGUACUCAACGGACUUCGGCGGACAUGUCCUGGGCUCGACCCUACCCCUGGAUGAAUGCACGGUCCAUGACGCCAAAGAUAUUGACCGCGUCGUGAAGCGUAUACAAGACGAGAAUGCAUACGCGAAGCAAACGAGAGUAAUGAUGAUCAAGGUCCCUCUUCCAGAGGUUCCGCCACUCGUCAUCGCCCUUCUCCCUACGGAUGGUUCAGAUGACGCCAAGCAAAUACACGCCUACCAUUGCCAGAUCCUGGACAUGGCGGCACGCGUAAACAUGCGAGUUGUUAGCUUCGCCGCGGAUGGCGCCGCUUCCGAACUGAAUGCGCAGGUGAUGAUGGAUACGAAGGCGUCCUCUCUUCCUCCAUUCUCUUAUGAGUACCCAGCAUAUGGUGUUUUGCUGAAGGCACCUGUCUUCAGCAUCACCGGCCCUGUUGUCUCAAUUCAGGACCCGGAACAUGCCCGUAAGACCGCACGAAACCAGCCACAACAUGGGACGCAUACCGCAAGUCUUGGCCAAGGGCAUCUUGUUUACCGCACACUUGUCGCCCUUAACGAAGUACCCGGCUCUGGACUCGUCCUGAGUGAUGUGCAGAACGUCGACAAGCAAGAUGAUGGUGCUGCCCGCCGAAUGUUCCACGCAGUUGCUCUCAAAGCAACAACCUAUGAGGUCCCAGGCAAGACGACAGAGAUGCACAUCAAGAACGAGUUCAUCGGCCUGCACGCUUUCUGCCCUUGGUUGCUCGGGACCAACCUCUUGGAACAUUUCUUUGGCACCGCGCGUUCUCUGGCACCUAACUUCACCUAUCCCGAACUGCUUAAGCUCGUCAAACACAUCACAUUGCGCCAACGCUGUGUGCUAGCCCACAAGGAUGGCAAGACUACGAAGGAACGAAAUGCACGUACAGGCUACAUACUGGACUACGAUAACACACCUCUGACCAAAGCAGAACUCUUGGCCGCGCGAGUCCAGCUAACAAGGCACGAAGUGAAUGCCCUUGUUGAACUGGCGGCAAGCGAAGCGAGUGCGUUAUGCGCAAGCAUUUUGAAGAUGCGAGUUCAGAGCUAUCCCUGGACACUAGCGUCGAUCCAUGACACGGUCAAGGCGAAGAAGCGGAAGGCUACGAAGAGUUGCGAUGAUGAAGCUGAAGACGAGAACGAUGGCGCCAUGGACUCGGACGUAGAGUCAGAUGAAGAGCUUGAAGAUGAAGACCUGGAGGACUUUGAGCGCACGAAGAUCGCUGCACAUGAAGUCGGCCGAUUGGUUGCCCUGUCGGAGGACCUCGAGUCAACGAAGGAGGAGUUCAGCGCAUCCGAGCCGAAGGUACCAGAACCCGAGACUCAAGAAGCUGGACGGCCACCCAUCUUGCAGAGUGAGUUUGUCUCACAGAAACGCGAUGUCUCAAUCGCCUCUCUUCUUGCGCUACGAACUCGGCAUCAAGAAGGCACAGAGGUCCGCUCACAACGCGUUGUGAAGGUCGACUCGAAGUUUGAAGCCACUGCCCCACCGGCACGUACAAAGACUCCGAGUCGUGGACUCUCGGCCAAGGAGGCAUCCCACCGGGUGCGCGUGCUUCAGCAACUUCAUGGGGGCCUACCUCGGACAACUUCGUCACGAACAAUGCGUUGGACGGAGGUGUUGAAGGGCGUCUCACAGAGGGUUCCUGUGACAGGUACGUGUACUCCAAUUAAUCUCGACAGAUGCUCCUGA